GGCCGCUAGGUCGCAACUCGGGCUGAAGUGCAGGUCGGAGCGCAUGUUAGGAGCGAGAGAGAGAACUGCAAAAGGUGUGCAUGAUGAGGCGAUGUCUGCUAGUAGUAGCAGCUCUCGCUGUCGCCGCCUUCCAGCACCCGUCCUGCAGCUCCUGCAGCCGCCUGCCGGCGAGGCUGCCGCCGCGGCCGGCGGCGGGCAACCGAAGGGCAGAAACGGGCGAAGCAACUAGGCGCCAGGCGCGCGUCGCGCAGCAGGUGCGGAGCGAGCUCGCGAUAUUAAUCAGAGACGGCGCGACGCGCGUCAAGUCGACGGCGCGCGUCGACCCGGCGGUGCUGCGCGCGACGAGCGUCGUGGACGUGACGGUGUCGCCGGAUUUGCGGGCCGCCACGGCCACGGUGACGACGCGCGGCGACGCCGCCCAAAAGCGCGAGGCCUUCAGUUGGCUCGUGGCGAACGCCAAGGGUUUUCGGUACGCCCUCGCGCAGCGGCUGCGCCACUCGAAGCGCGUGCCCGAGGUCACGUUCCGCAAGGCGGACGUCGGCGGCGCCGUGGCGCUGAUGAGGUUGAUUGACGAGGCCAAUGAAGGCUUGGAUGAUGAUGUCAUCGAGGGCGGCCUCGACUUCGGUUUGGAUCUCGACGAGUAUGACGACGAAGACUAAGUAAAAAUCACAUUA